AUGCUGCUGUUAGUGCUUGGUGAUGCGUAUAUACCAGAUCGUGCAACUGAUAUACCAAACAAGUUCAAAAAACUGCUGAGUGUGCCGGGAAAAAUAACCCAAAUAGCGGUGCUUGGUAAUAGUACGCGAUCGGUGGAGUUUAUGAACUUUCUCCAGGGACUCUCCCCCAACAUGACGAAAGUGAAGGGUGCUUUAGACGAGCCCAAUUUGUCUAUUGGCGAGAAUGGACAAGCCACAAACCAAGCAUCAGAGUCGGAAGCUGAAAUGCCCAUCAACUCUGUAAUAUCGAUGGGAGACUUUAAGAUCGGUUGUUGUAGCGGCUACAGUGUGGUCCCAAAGAAUGAUCCCCUCUCACUUUUGGCACUUGCAAGACAGCUAGAUGUUGAUAUUAUGUUGUGGGGAGGCACUCAUAAUGUAGAGGCAUACACUUUGAGCGGCAAAUUCUUUGUUAACCCUGGCAGUUGUACCGGAGCCUUCAAUUCAGACUGGCCAGUUGUGAUCAACCCAGGGGUCGUGGAAUCUGAGCCUUCGAAAAAGAUCAACGACGAACCCGACAAGAAGGCUGAAGAAGAAAGUCAGGUGUCUGAUGAGAAGGUGGGAAACACUGAAAAGACUGUAAAGGAUAACGAAGCAGAGAGCGAAACAAAAGAAGAUACCGAAAGUGUUAAGGAGGAAGAUAUAGAUAUUCCAGAAUCAGCCAUAACGGGAUCCAAUUCGCCGAGCUUCUGUCUUUUGGAUAUACAAGGAAGCACUUGCACCUUGUAUAUCUACAUAUAUAUCGACAAUGACGUGAAGGUCGAUAAAAUAGUGUACCGGAAGGAGGAUGUUGUAUAG